ACGGCGGCUGCAGGGACCGGCGCAGCAGGCGGAGCAGGCUGAGCGCGCUGCGCGGGGAGAGCGGCACCAGCAGAAGACGAAGACGAGGGCUGCAUUUAGGGAUAGGCUGCGGAGGAGCCAAGACGCACGCGCGCCGUCCGAGCCGUCCGAUGCGGCUGCCACCAAACGGCUGUCUGCGUCGACUCGAAACGCAGAGCCACCCAGUGGCACCCCUAGUACCGGCGUCCCGAGCGGCAACUCUAGUGGCCCCGCGGACAAGAAGAUGCUGAAACAGGUAGGCAUCACUACGGCAGUGAUGCACUGAGCCUAGCGUCGUAGUGUAGUGGCUGCAGGCUGCACCGCAUCGAGGACCUUCUCCGAGUUUGUUUCGCCAGGCCUAAAGUGUGUGCGCGUCCCCGGCCGAAGCCGACACAGAGGAACCUUCCCGCGCUGCCGUGGGCCUUCUCGGCGUCGUCGCCGGCCUCGAGGACAAGAAGCAGGAGCAGGAUCAAGAGGAAGCAGCUAGUCAGAACACGGCCAACGAAGCCAGCGAAGACAACGAAGCCACCGACAUGACCACCGCCACGUCGCCGCCCCCACCCCCUCCGGACACGGAGCAGGCGCAGCACCGCGCCGGCGUGGACGCGGACGGCCCCGCCGCCGCCGCCAUGGACGUCGACGUCGUCGACGACCACACCGAGACCACCUCCCUCACAGACGUGUCCGCGCGCCUUGUGUGCGCGGUCUGCGACGGCGUGCUCGCCACCGAGGCCGCCCUGGCCUCGCACCUCCAGGACCUCGGCCUGAACCACGCCGGCGGCGGCGACGAAGUCCAAGGCUUCGGCUGCCGCGUCUGCCGCCGCGUCUUCGACCACGCCGACACGCUCGACCGGCACGUGCUGACGCACCCCGGCGAGCAGGUGUUCAAGUGCCCGCUGUGCGGCCAGGCGCUGCGCACCAACGGGGGCCUGGCGAGGCACGCCCGCAGACACCUGGACGGCCACAUGGACCUGCUCAGGCCUGACUUGGCCAACAUGAGGGGCACCGCCACCAAGCGGCGCAAGGACCCCGACGACACGGACUACGAGGUGGAGGCCAAGCAGAUGUCGCCGGCCAGCGACGGGGACGCCGCCCCGGCCGCCCUGCCCGCGGCCGCUCUGCCCGCCGUGCCGCGCUUCACCUGCCCGGUGUGCCCGGCCUCCAACCCCUUCCGCGCGCCCUACCUGCCCGAGCUGGAGGCGCACCUGGAGCAUAGCCACCGGGACUACAGCGUCUCGUGCGACCUGUGCGGCGGCACGUACCGCAGCGUGCGCGACCUCAACCUGCACGUGCACACGGCGCACCGGUCGGGCGGCAAGGCGAGCCGCGCCCGCGACGUGGUGGGCUUCAAGGACCUCACCUUCGUGGACUUCAGCAGCCGCAAGUUCGCCCACAUCGCGCGCGCCGAGUGCGAGAAGAGCCUGCACCGCGCCGCCAGCCGCCUGCACCCCUUCCAGUGCGAGUGCGGGCUCGCGUUCCCGUGCGACUCUGCGCUAGCGAUCCAUCGACAGGCCUGCCCCAACACGGUGUACGUCGACUCCCCCGCCGACCUGUCCCACGCCGGCGUCCACCUCGACGGCGUGCCCGCGCAGUCGCCCAAGGGAGACUUCUUCGCCAAGCUGGACCUGCUGAACAAGGCCACCAGCCCCGCCGCCAUGGCCCGCCUGGCGCCGCCGGCCUACCUGGACCGCGACCUGGCCGACAUCCCCAGCAUCCUGAGCGCGAGCGCGGCCAGCGGCGUGGCCAUGGGCACGGCCAUGGGCCACAGCCACAGCAGCGAGCACGGCGAGGAGCGCGACGACCACGAGGAGCAGCAGGACGCGUUCGCCGCCGAGUUCCGGCGGAUGAAGCAGCGCGGCGAGUUCCCCUGCCGCCUGUGCACCGAGGUGUUCCCCAACCUGCGCGCCCUCAAGGGCCACAACCGCGUGCACAUGGGCCCCAGCGCGGACGGCUACCGCUGCAACAUGUGCCCGCACUCCGCGCUGGACAAGGUGGCCCUGCAGCGCCACAUGCGCACCCACAACGGCGCGCGGCCCUACGAGUGCGCGCUCUGCCGCUUCGCCUUCACUACCAAAGCCAACUGCGAGCGCCACCUGCGCAACCGCCACGCCAAGUGCUCCCGCGACGAGGUCAAGAGCUCCAUCAUCUACCACCCGUCCGAGGACCCAGGCAACGACCCCGAGCUUCAGCAGCAGCUGCAGCAGCACGGCAAGCUGGACGUGAAGCGGUCGCUGUUCGCCGAGCCCCUGCUGGAGGACGGCCGCCGCCACAGCCUGGACGUGGGCACCAUGACGGCCUCCGAGGACGGCGACGACCAGCACCGCGACGAGCAGGACGACCCCGUCGACGAUGAGGUCGCCGAAGACGGGCGGCAGUCGCCGCUCGACCUCAGCAUGGUCCUGGACCUGUCCAAGAAGCGGCCGCUCAGCCCCGUCGAGGUGGACCUGGAGGCCGAGGACGAGAUCCUGGCGGACGAGGACAUAGACGAGGUCGAGGAGCAGCCACAGGACCUGUCGCGGAAGGCCUCCACCGAGUCCGCGGCCGCCCCCGCCACGCAGCUCCACGUCAACAACCAGUCAACCCCGCUGCAGUCGCCGGAGGCGGCGCUCCCCUUCCCGGGCCUCGGCUCGCUGUACGUGAACCCGUACCAGCUGGGCGUGGCGGCGGCCACCGGCCAGAGCUUGGGCCAGGGCCUGGGCCAGGGCCUGGGCCAGGGCCUCGCCCCGGGACUGCCGUUCCCGGCCUACUACCCCGGCCUGCUCCGCAGCCUGCAGUUCGGCCAGCUCGGUGGCGGCUUGGUGCUGGAGCCCAUGCGCCUGCUGCAGCGCCCGCCCUUCCUGCCGUCCGGCGUGCCCGGUGUGCCCGGCGACUCGACUCUGCCCGUGCCCCUGCCCCUGCCGCAGGGCUUGACCGACGCGGCCAAGGACGAGCCCGCCUGCCCCGCCAGCCCCAAGUCGGAGCGCAGCAUGUCUUCCAUGUCGGCAUCGGAGUGCCCGCAGCAGGGCCUGCGCGAGGGCCUGGGGCCCAGCAGCGGCAGCAGCACCGGCAGCAACGGCAGCAGCAAGCUGGUGAUGAAGAACGGCGUGCUCAUGCCCAAGCAGAAGCAGCGGCGGUACCGCACCGAGCGGCCCCACGUGUGCGAGCACUGCUCGGCGCGGUUCACGCUCUCCUCCAACCGCGAGCGCCACGUCAAGCACCAGCACCCGCAGUUCUGGAGCCAGAGGCACCGCGGCCCCAGCGGCGUGCCGCCCACGCCGCCAACCACCCCCGCGCCGCCCACCCCCAUGGACGCCUCCACCCCGCUGCGGGCGCCGUCCGUGGACGCGGCCUUCAUGCCGGCCGGUGGCAAGCACCACGACGAGGACGACGAGGACGAGGGUCUCGUUAUCGACGAGGAGCGGCCGUCCAGCGAAGACCACCACCACCUCGACGACGGCGUGGAGGGUGACGCCGAAGACGACAUGCACCACGCGUCCGCCGCCCCCUCCACGCCCGCCGCCGGCGAGGACCUGGCCAGCGUGUCCAAGCUGCUCAACAACGCCUCCAUCCAGACGUUCCAGCAGUUCCUCCGCGAGGGCGACGAGCCCGUCGUCCCCAGCACCCCGUCCACCAGGGAGUCCGCGCCCGCCGGCCACGCCGGCCACGCCGAGGAGGGUCUCGGCAGCGAGGAGGACCUCGACGAGGAGGGCCUGGUGGCGGGCUCGCCCAGCGAGGGCAACAACUCGGGUAGUGAGCAGGACAAGUCCGAGUCCGAGAGCGCGGCCGCACCCAUGAAGAAGAAGAGCGCCUACUCCAUGGCGCCGAACCGGGUGAGCUGCCCGUACUGCUCGCGGAAGUUCCCCUGGACGUCCUCGCUGCGCCGCCACGUGCUCACGCACACGGGCCAGAAGCCCUACAAGUGCCUGUACUGCCCGCUGCUCUUCACCACCAAGAGCAACUGCGACCGCCACUUGGCCAGGAAGCACAGCAACAAGAAGGACGCCAACAGCAGCAGCAGCGGCGUGAGCACGCUCAGCACGCCCAACAGCAGCACGACCAGCGUGUCGCCGGGCUCCUCGGCGGGCAGCGGCUCCCCGCCGGAGGGGCUGCUGACGCUGACGCGGCCUUCGGCGCUCAGCCCGCCCGGCCAGAGCUACCCGCUGAGGAACGUCCCGGAGCGGCCGUACCGCUGCCGCCACUGCCCCAGCUCCACCUUCGCCUCGCUGAGCAACCUCCGCAAGCACGUGGCCACCAAGCACACCGGCGCCUCGCUGGAGAGCUGCAUCCUGCCCAGCGACGCCGCCGCCAACGUGAGCGGCUACGAGAGCCACGGCAGCGUCAGCGACGUGGAGCCCGCCGAGGACAAGGAGCUCAAGGCCGAGCUGGAGAUGAAGAUCCCCGUGUUCUGCCCCACCGCCGUCCUGGACCAGCCGCUCAGCCUGUGCAAGGUGGAGAGAGGCGACCUGGACGCCAAGUUGGGCAAGAGCCUCAAGGAGGAGGCCGCCCUGAACCUGCGCCGGCCGCCCGACCUGGACAGGCUGGACCGGCUGGACAGAAGCGACAUCAUGAAGGAGGCCCACAACAGCCUCAUGUCCUCACAGCCUAUCUCUGCCCCGGUCGUGAGCAUCCCGGAGGGGAACGCCCGGCCCACAGAGGCGUCGAUGAACUUGUCGUCGUCAGAACUGCCUUUCAAGUGCCAUCUCUGUGACGGGAGCUUCACAGAGCGACAGGAGUGCCUAGACCACAUUAGACUGAACCACGCGUCCGAGUACGAGAUCUUGCUGUCGAAGGGAGCAUUGGAGUUGAACGUCAACACUUCACCUGAGGACAACAAUGUCAUGGAGGAAAACCACCAUGCGGAUGGAGAGAACAUUGAGCACAUUCGUGGCAAGUUCCCAGACUACGCCAACAGAAAGGUAAUGUGUGCAUUUUGUAUGCGCCGCUUCUGGUCUGCUGAAGACCUCCGUCGCCACAUGCGCACCCACACAGGAGAACGCCCUUUCUCCUGUGAUGUGUGCCGUAGGCGUUUCACCCUGAAGCACAGCAUGUUACGCCAUCGAAAGAAGCACAGUGAUAUCUCAAACAACAACAACAACAGUUUAAGUACUCCAUUUGUGAAUUCAACGGGUCCUGAGGAUCUCUCACCCUCUGCAACCAGUGGCGAGGAGGAGGGUUAUCAUGUGAACAUGACAAACCACAACAAUAAUAAUAUUAAUGUGGCCGAUGUGAGCAAAAUGUACAUGGCAAUAUGUGACAACCGUUUGAACCUGAAGCGCAGUUUUCGUAGAAAUAACUUUCGUAGAAAAGAGGAGGAAAAUAGUGGUCUCAUAAGUAAUCUCUUGGGAAUUGGUGACCCCUCCAUCAUUGAUAAAGUACUGCUCACUAAGUCGGCAGAUGAUGCUGAAAAACUUCUUGGCGUUUACAAGAACGGGAGCGUAAGUAGCAAUGGGCGUACUUAAUUAUUUGUAACUCAUUGUGAGAAAGGUGCUGUUGAAGUAUAUUUACUGUCUUACAAAAAUCUCAAUCCAAAGUUAUCUAUUUUAUUUAAGUCCAAAUAUGUAAAAAGUUUAAGUCAUUGUGUCGUUUUUAAUUUUUAAAUUGUAAAGCUUAUGUACUUCCUGUUGCCAUAUAUUUUUGUUUUUUUUUUGGACCUCUGUUCACACAUACUCUGAUGCUGGCAAAUAUAUCAAUGGGUAGACAUGGGAAGGUAGACUGAUUCAAGUAAGCCCUCUUCUAAUGUAUGCUUUUCAGACUAAAGUUACUUUGAAACCUUAAGAAACAAUGGUCAUUGUUAUGUUUGUAAAUAUGGAAGAUCUAAGUUUUAAUUAUAUCUUCUGAACUAGCAACCAAAGCAUGAGCCUGCAUUUAUACCUAGUCAGUACUGCGGGUGAUUUGUUUAGUGGUUACAGAGUCUUUUUAAAGUCAAGAAUGGACUAGCAUUUUUUUUGUCUAGCUAAAAUAAGGCAAGGACAGCUUAAUUAAUUGAAAAUGGAGUGAUUAUGAGUUUUUACCAAAGAUAGUGUAGCAAAAUAUUUCGAUUUCUGGUUUGGCAUUAACAGUGAAAGAUUGUGGUGCAUUUACUGCCUUGUCUUUUUCUCAUUUUUAUUUUUAUUUGUGUACUUUGUUAUGAUUUUGAGCUAUUGAGGUACCUGCCUUACUUUAAGGAAGUGCAAUAUGUCUACAUUCCAAACCUAAGACUUGGUUGUCUCUGGAUUACCAGGUGCAAUUAGACUUGUCAACAUUACUUUAAAACAUUCCCUAAAUUAAAUUUUUUCUAUUAUUCUUUCCAAGCUCAUUUUCAUUCAGCUAAGCCUGUGUGAGAUCUGUGAAGUAAAAUUAUUGCCAUGUGACUUUACUUUAGAGAUUUAGUAAAUUGAUUGGUUUUGUAGCAUAUGUACUUGUUACAAAAAUUUAAUCAAUGAUUUGGUUGUAAAAGUGAGUACUCAGUGGCUCAUGAAACAGAUACACCAUGUUAUCUUGUUUGGUAUCUCAAACUGAUCUCAAAUAUGUAUUUCUAGUAUUUUCUUCAAUUAUGUAAUGGAUGAGUGUACCUCUCUGUUAAGUCACUAGCUGCUGAGGCGUUCAAGUGUUUAUUUUGAAACUUACUUGAACGCAAUUGCUUUUUAAUUUCUUUCUUGUCUCGUGAAUACCUAGUUAAACUCUUUCAUGACUCCAUGAUCUGUCAUCUUAGCUUUGUCUAGAAUGUCAAAUUUAAGUGAAGUAAGUUAAUUAAUAUAAAAAUGACAAAAGGAGGUAUAAAGUCUAAUGCUUCACUCCUCAUUUUGCAAUAUUGCAAUGUAUUUUAUUUGCAUUACUCUCAUAGCUCCGUUUUUCAUCUUUUUUUCUGUAGCGGUGUACUCUUGCAUUAGGAAAUGUAUUUAAUUUUUGUCUAAACGUACUGUGCCUGCCUUGUAUAUGAGGUUCACAUGUUAUUUCCCUUUUUCUUUUCUCUCUCUCUCUCUCUCUUUUUGUUUUGGUACUACUUGCAAGUAUAGUGGGAUUUCAAAUUAAAGCUUUGUUUUCUGUUAAAUGCUAUCUCUAAAAUCUUUCACUUAAUUGUUUUGAUCCACCUUAUUUGAGUAUAAUUAGUCAAAUCAACUCAAAUUGUGUUUUUGAAUGUAGUACAUUCACUGUUUUUAUCACCAUUUAAGGUGAGUGCGUUAGUGUGAUAUAUAUACAUAUAUAUUAUGACUGAUAAAAUCAGCAACCUAGUGUGCAUCAAUUUGUUAACAAUUUCUUCUUUUAAAUUACAUAACUGAGUGGUUUGUCUUCUCUUUUGUGCCUAUUGUAGAAAUGUAUUCAAAGUGGCAUGAGCUUAGGGGAACUGUGCUCCUCAGGCUCUGUUUGAUCUGUAUUUUUUCAAAGCACACAUCAGCUACAUUCCAAAGCAGCUUCGUAGAAUUUGUACUUAACAUUGAUUGAGUUAGUAGAGUAUGUACAUUAUGUAUUGAGUGUAAUAUUUCCUUCUUGUCUAAAACUGACUUUCAUGUUUUUCAUUGGGAAGCCAAAGUAAGCUAGUAUAGUCUGUAUUUUGAAAUAUUCACACCAUCUUUUGUUUUUUACCGCACCUCAUCUGAAGACUUGCCGUUCUCCAUGAGGUCUCAUUGUUCUGUCAAACUGUUAUUCAAGUAAUAAAUGUGCCUUGGUGUACCAGUAUCUGGCCUUGCAUAUCAAUACAUGUAAGAAACUACUGCCAUACUUGGUAUAUGUUUGUUUUAAUUUUUAAGCUUCGUUUGUUAUGUUUUAUGUAAAUUAUGAUUGAUCUAAAAGUUAUCUAUACAUUUUAUUAAAGUACUUAUAUUACAUCCUCGAUUUACCUCUCAA